AGUAUAAAACUUAUCCUCUUUUCGCGUCUUAGGGCUUUCGAUCGGCACCAGCUGAACGGCAAUUGUGCUCUCUGCUAUUUCUGUCUAAAUCUCGGCCGGCGAAAAUGGUGAACGUUCCUAAGACAAAGAAGACCUACUGCAAGUCCAAGGAGUGCAAAAAGCAUACCUUGCACAAGGUUACACAGUACAAGAAAGGGAAAGAUAGUUUGGCUGCUCAGGGAAAGCGUCGUUAUGAUAGGAAGCAGUCAGGUUAUGGUGGUCAGACAAAGCCCGUCUUCCACAAAAAGGCAAAAACCACAAAGAAGAUUGUGCUGAGGUUGCAAUGCCAAGGUUGCAAACAUGUUUCCCAGCACCCAAUCAAGAGGUGCAAGCACUUUGAAAUUGGUGGAGACAAGAAAGGAAAGGGAACCUCUCUUUUCUAGAUUGCCUGUGAAGUCUUUUUUGCCUUCGUUUAUGUUAUGUUUUGGAUCUGUUUUGGUUCUUAUGGGUUACAUUGUUUUCCAAUAGAUGAUUUUGUUAUGGUAGUUAUAUGGAGAUGAAAUUUAUAUUUCAGGGUUUUAAAUUUAGUAUGGAUACUCUUUUUCUGGUUAUUGCGUUGCUGGUGUUACC